CAAUUUUUGGGAGACCACAGGUCGAAUAAGCCAGACACACACGUCCCCCUUGACCAAACUUGUCCGCGUAACGACGUUUUUUUCCGGCAAUCGAUAGCAAAAGAAUUCCUCGUCCUUGACGGUCCAAUGUCUUAACACAUCCAGCCGGUCUUCAAACAGGAUCCCUCCGCCCGCAUGCCGUGCUCCAGUGAAGGGACGCCAUAGAUCGCCUCGGAGAUCAAUCCACGACACUCACGGUGAUCAAUCAAAUUCUGUGUGGCCAAGGAGAAAAUCAGCUUUCCUUUAAUUACCUCAAGUAUCCUCCACCAGAAGAGGUUGCUCUGCCGUCACACCGAACAGAGCGGCCUCCUCCACAGAGAAGCUUGGCUUUAACACGCCAUAACAUUUUCUACCCACCCAACCGACGCUACCAAUCACGGAUCGGAGAUCACUGUUGUUGAGCAACUGAAUACAAGAUGUGGAGAGCAGACAUGUCGAACACUGCAGCAGUUUUUUGUCAUUAUCACAACAGUUGAAUUCUAGUGCGGUUCCCAUUACUACAUUUCUUGUAUAAACUGUAAACAGUGUAAUUGGAUUCUUCUUCCUUCUUUACUUUUUUCCGGCUGUUUGUUUGAUUUAUUCUUGUUGUUUUUCCUGUGUUUUUUUUUUUUUAUCCAUGUCAGGAAGCAAAAGGAAAAAGCAAGUGAACUCGAAGUGACUUUCCUGUGCUUUCGUUUUGUUUUUUUAAGUUUCCUUAUUAUGAGGCUUAUUAUGGCGGCGGGAGGCACUGUGAACAGAUCAGCAUGACUCCAGAGACAGCUUUGGAGACGCUACCUCUGGAACCGUGCAGAAUCCACAGGGCUCAGGCGGCUCGGUGACUCUGCCCCACCGUCUCAACCCUACGGACACCCCCACUUAAGACUUUGGAAUGCUCCGGAACCUCGCGGAUUAAGCUCAUCCCUCCCCCCUCCCCCCCUACCCCCCAUUGUUACAGAAACCAACUUUUGAUUUAAGAUCUCACCACCCAAGAGGAGCUACGCCGUUCUGUUUAAUAACAGCGUUAUUACUGUGUUUUUUUUUCCAAUUCAUCCCAGCGUCACAUGUAGAGCUAAGAAGAACCUGGCAACGCAUUUGCUCCGUUUUUUCCCCCUUUUGUAAUUUCCCGCCUAAAAUGGCGCCAUGCUGGAAAGUGAGCACCUGGUUGGCGUUAUGGGCACUGAGUCUUCUGGGGUGCUGUAACUUUGGGUGUUGUAAGAAAACUGCAAGGACUAGUAGAUCGGGUGGAGGAGGAGGAGGAGGUGGAGUCGAAGGCGUUGGAGGGGAUGGCGGUAGCGAGGAGGACCAGCUCAUGUCCCAUGAGCGGGUGAAGAGAGGAUGGGUGUGGAACCAGUUCUUCGUGGUGGAGGAGUACACGGGCACAGAGCCACUCUAUGUGGGGAAGAUCCACACGGACUCGGACGAGGGCGAGGGAACCAUCAAGUACACCAUCUCCGGCGAGGGGGCGGGCACCAUCUUCAUCAUCGAUGAGCUCACGGGAGACAUCCACGCCACGGAGCGUCUGGACCGGGAGGAGAAGGCCUUCUACACCCUGAGGGCCCAGGCGCUGGACCGGCUGUCCAGCGACCCGCUGGAGCCCGAGUCUGAGUUUGUCAUCAAGGUGCAGGACAUCAACGACAGCGAGCCCAAGUUCCUGGAAGGGCCUUAUAUAGGCAGCGUGGCGGAGCUGUCGCCCAUAGGAGCGUCGGUGAUGAAGGUCAUUGCGUCCGACGCCGACGACCCUACCUAUGGCAGCAGUGCCAGGGUGGUCUACAGUGUUCUGGAGGAGGAGAAGAUUUUCACUGUGGAAAGACACACAGGGAUCAUCCUGACGGCGGUGGCGGGUCUGGACCGCGAGACGCAGGACCGCUACGAGCUUGUCGUCAAGGCGACAGACAUGGCGGGCCAACUGGGCGGUCUCUCUGGCUCCACCACGGUCACCAUUGUCAUCACCGACGUUAAUGACAACCCACCUCGCUUUCCACAAAAGAUGUACCAGUUCACAGUGUCUGAGGGGGCCACGGUGGGCACCUCGGUGGGACGCGUCAUCGCCACAGACGCUGACAUGGGGGAGAACACGGAUAUGGGCUACCUGAUCAGCGACCAGGAGGGAGGGGAGCUCUUCAAGGUCACCACCGACGUGGACACCCAAGAGGCUGUCAUCUGCAUCAAGAAGCCGCUGGACUUUGAGAGCAAGAGGAGCCACAACGUGGUGGUGGAGGCGGUUAACAAGCACGUGGACCCGCGCUUCGCCGACCUGGGCUCCUUCCGCGACCAGACCAUCGUGCGCAUCACGGUGUCCGACGUGGACGAGCCCCCCGUCUUCCUGCCGGCCGAUGGGGCCCGGCUGGAGGUGCAGGAGGACGCCGCGCUGGGCGCGCUGGUCGGCGUGGUGACGGCCAGGGACCCAGAUGUGGAAAACGCCCCUGUCAGGUUUUCCAUUGAUCGGAGCACGGAUCAGGAUUCCAUCUUCCACAUUGAUCAAGUAUCUGGUGCCAUCACGCUGGGCAAGGUUCUGGACAGAGAGACCGCAGGCUGGCAUAACAUCACAGUGGCUGCAGUGGAAGCAGAUAACCAGGCCAUGGUGUCCCAUUCAGCGGUGAGCAUCCGUAUCCUGGACGUGAACGACAACCCCCCAGAGCUGGCCUAUCCAUACGAGGCCUCCAUCUGUGAGGACGCAAAGCCAGGCCAGCUGAUUCACACCAUUAGCGUGGUGGACCGAGAUGAACCCCAGUCAGGACAUCACUUCCACUUCAACCUGGUCCCAGACGCUUCCAGCAAUCGACACUUCACUCUCUGGGAUGUGAAAGACAACACUGCUGGCAUCCGGACCCAGCGGUCAGGCUUCAACCGCAAUGAGCAGAACGUGUACUUCCUGUCCAUCCUGGUGGUGGACAGCGGGCCGCCCGCCCUGAGCUCCACGGGCACCGUCACCAUCCACGUGUGCGGCUGCGACGCAGAUGGAGCGAUCCAGUCCUGCAACGCUACGGCCUAUGUGAUGAGUGCUGCACUCAGCCCCGGAGCGCUGAUAGCCUUGCUGGUCUGCAUGCUCAUCCUCAUCGUGCUGGUGCUGCUCAUCCUGACCCUGAAGCGCCACCGGAAGGGCCAGCGGAUCGCCGAGGACGAGGAAGACAUGCGCGACAACGUCAUCAAGUACAACGACGAGGGCGGCGGCGAGCAGGACACGCAGGCCUACGACAUGAGCGCCCUGAGGAACCUUUACGACUUCCCCGAGAGCAAGGGCCCCGACGCCGGGCCCCCGGACCUCCGCUCCCUGCCGCAGUGGGUCCAGGCCGGCCGGAACGGCGCUGGCGGCGGCGGCGGGUCGGCGACCGGCUCGGCCACGGCCUCCGCGGCGGCGGCGGCGAACGAACCGCCGGCGGACUUCUCCCUCUUCAAAGGCUACAUCCGCAAGAAGGUGGAGCAGGCGGACGCCGACCUGUCGGUGCCGCCCUACGACUCGUUCCAGACGUACGCCUUCGAGGGCUCCAGCUCGCCGGCGCUGUCGCUGAGCUCCAUCCACACGCUGUCCACGGCGUCGGAGCAGGAUUUCUCCUACCUCAGCGACUGGGGCCCACGCUUCAGGCAGCUGGCGGGCUACUACGCGCCGGCCAACCCGGAGGAGGACGGCUCCUAG